GUUUAUGAAUUGCUGAUCGGUCGUUUCCACUCCAGUUUCCUUAAUUCAUUGUACUGAUGUCGAACGUAACUGUCAUCAUGUCGACGCUUUUCAAGCACACUUUUAAUUCAAUGGCUCCGUUCUCUUUUUUUACUGAAAUGUUUGGGCAGUUUCAGUCGAAAAAUUCGCCGCUUGAAUAUUUCGAGCUCUCGGAUUUAGCAUCGGCACAUGCAAUGUUGACGGCAAUUGCAGUAGGCGUCGCAGGUCACCUUUGGAGGCUCGGUAGGAGACGACACCGCGGCCCCGACAGUGCCCCUCUUGUCACGUUGAGACACUCUAGUCUAAUUUUGAAUCAGACUGCAAUUAAAGACUUCCAUGGUAAGCAAAGUAUUCCACAGGUCUCCAGUGGCGAUAAUUGCACAGUAAAGGCUAUGAAAAAGAAUGAGUACUCCCCACGGCAAAAAUACAACGAAGAAGAGGUGGAAAUUGGAAAGGAAAACGACAGGAAAAACUGCUCACAGACAAUUAUCUGCGAGAAAGAACUCAAGAAAGACGGCAACCAGGAUAAUCUGGAAGUCAUGUCUGAAGAUGGCUGUAAAGGCAAUGAGGUAGACACAACCGACAUAAAACCGAUUGAUAGGUAUUUCGAAGUCCCCGUUGAGUCAGAUAUUAAAGAUCAUUUAAGGAAAGCGGUAAUAGACACCUUUCACCUUAAGAAAAUGGGGAAUAACUUGCAAGAUGAUAUACGCAGAUUGCAAGAGCAUUUGGCACACUGCCUGACUGGAAGAGAAGAGGUCUGUUCAAAACUGGCAAGGGUCGAGCGCGAGUGGCAGGGGGCUGCGUCUGAAGCAGGUCGGCUGAGGGCAGUUCUUCUAGCGCAGCACGAUACUAUUGGGAAAACUAUACACUCCAUGAAAGAGCAAGUGCGUAUGAAGGAGGACGAGAUCAGCAGAUGUGAAAAAGCUAACAAAAUGAUCCAGGAAGAAAUUGGUAUUGUAAAAGAACGUCUUUCUCGAUGUUUGCUUAGUAAGCAAGAGUUCUGCUUGAAAAUGAAACACGUGGGCAAUGAGAAGCGCACUGCUGUGACGCGUGUGAGCGAACUGAGAGCAGCACUACGCGCUUUGGAAGACGCUAUAAAGCUGAUACAAUUAAUGAAGGAGCAGAUGCGCUCCAAAGAUGAUGAGCUCAGCGACUGUGCCCAGAAUAAUCGAUCCGUACGGGAGGAAAUCCAUCAAUUGAAGCUAAAGGUAUCCCGCUGUCUGGCUAGUAAUGAAAUGAUCUGCUCAAAAUUAAAGCUUUCGGAGUUAGAAAAGGAGACGGCAGAGGCGAUGGCUGAUGAACUGAAAGAAGCGGUCAGCGCUUAUGAUGAUGCGUUGAAAAUGAUCGAUUCACUGAAGGUGCAAAUGAGCAGAAAGGACGAUGAAAUCAACCAGUGUGUGCAAAGUAACCGAGCUCUGCAAGGGGAUGUUCGUAUCCUGCAAGAACAGAUGGCUGGGUGUCUGACCAGUAACGAAGAGUUCCGUUCCAAACUGACUGAGGCACAGAGUGAGAAGCAGAAAGCCGAGAGAGAAGUGGAUUCACUCAGGAUUGCGCUCCGUGCGCAAGAAGACGCUUUAAAGCUGUUAAAGUGCUUAAAGGUGCAGCUGCGCAGGAAAGACGAGGAGAUCGACGAGUGCGUUAAAAACAAUCGUGCAGUGCAAGAGGAUAUUCGAGUCCUACGCCAGCAGAUGUCCCAAUGCCUGGCAGGGAACGAAACAUUUUACGCCAGGCUGAAGCAAACGGAAAGGGAUAAGCAGAAGGCAGAAGCAAAGGUGAACGAACUAAUGCAAACACUUUGUGCCCAGGAGAAGGCUUUACAGAAACUGCGAUCAGCGAAAGAAAAGCAGGCCGGGAAAAGUGAAGUCGACGAAUCGGCACAUAAAGAAGGGGAAAAGCCAGAGGAACCGGAGGAUGAAGCCACAAUCACUGAGGCGCAACGUCUGGAGGCGGAGGAGGAACCGCAGCAGCAGGACACGGAACAACAACAGCUCCAGUCGGUGGUGGCGGAAGACGAGAAGUUGGUGGUCCUCGCGGGUGUCAGUGGAGGCGAGGAAUGUAACAUUGAACCAGAGGUUUUGGAUCCAGUGGAGGAUUCCAGAAGCUCACUGUACCUGCCAGAAGGCUUGUCAGAUGAUAACAUUACAGGCUCUGAUGAUGUGCUUGAAUCCUUCCUGGCAGCAUACACUUUUGAAAACAGGCUUGGAUCAGGAGCUUUUGGGGAAGUCUAUGCUGCAACCCAAACUUCAGACCUCAAACCAGUGGUGAUCAAAAUUAUUGGAAAGCGCAGCGAUGACAAAUGGGUUUUAUGUAGGUGUGAUUCCAUGGCGUUUUAUACCUACCUUUUUGCACAGGAGUCUCUUGAUCCUAAUCCCCUGCCAAUGGAGGUAGCUGCAAUGAAAUCGGUAAGCAAGCCGCCACAUCCUGGCGUCAUCCAGCUACUGGACUGGUGUAACGGGACAGAGAAGAUUGCUUUGGUGAUGGAACGUCACAGUCCAUGUGUUAAUUUAGAGGACUACAUUCAGUGCCAGAGUACUGGAGUGAGAGAGUCACAGGCUCGGUGCUUUUUCCAGCAGAUUGUACAGGCACUGCAGCAUUGUCAUGCCUGUGGAGUCUUCCACGGAGAUGUGACACCAGAUAAUAUACUUGUAAAUGUUUUUUCAGAGCAAGUGAUCCUUAUUGACUUUGGAAUUGCUUCUUUCUUCAAAGAGGAAGAACGAGACUUUUUUAGUGGUGUUCUUUGGCUGGCUCCUCCAGAGUUUUAUGUUACUGGGCGAUUUAGAGAAAUACCUGCCACUGUAUGGUCUCUAGGGCUUAUUCUGUACGAAAUGGUUUAUAAAUGCCUUCCAUUUUCCACAGAGCAUGAAAUUGUGGAAGGUCAUCUCAAAUUUGAAAGGCCCAUCUCUGAAGACUGUGAAGACAUCAUCAGAAAAUGCCUCGCCCACUUGCCUACAGAUCGCCCAACUAUGGAGGAGAUCCAUCAGCACUCAUUUAUGAAGGGUCCAUCUGCAAUGCCAAAAAGAAAACAGAGAAAUGCAGGUGCACUAAUCUGUAAGAAAAUACUAAUUUUCCACCGAUACUAUGGAAAGGUUGUUGCAGAUAGUGGAAUUCACAGGAUGGGCAAAUCGAAAAGGUUUCCACAGCCCAGCAUGUAA